UUGGGAGAAAACGUAUCGUGCGCUUCCGCCAGCAGUUCCCGAACCAGUAGAAAACUAAAUGAAUCCAGAUUUUGUCCAAGUCUUCCACAACUGUUCACGGAAGGCGCCGCUUACAACUUUAGCGGCCACUUCGUGAGAUUUUAGCUAAAGCAUUUCACUGCAGUUGACCUUUAUCCCACUGUAGCUCUGUUGCUUCUCCCAAUAGUUUUACUAUAUUCAUUGUGCAGAAUGACCUAAACAACACUUCAAAAGUUUGUCAUUAUUAAUGCAGCAGGUGUCUUACCUUUCGGAUAAUUACUAAAUCAAUUUCGAGGGAAUUUCGGUUUAACUAGUGUUAGGUAGAAACCCUCGAAGUUCAGUCUACAAAGACUCCACCGUCUCCAAGUUGCCCCGCGCACAGUUUGUUCCCCAAAUUACUUCUUGCACCCACGCUUUUGCAGUUCAAGCAGAACUGAUGAUCGAAAUGUCACGGCCGUGACUCCCCUACAUUCGACGCGAUUGACACAAAGACCCGGCUUGAGCGAAAUAACGACCCGAGUAAGGCUUACACUUUGGUUGAACACUAAUUCCAGUCUUUGCGGGAUGGGAAUAAAAGCAGAUUCUAAAAUAAACGCUGCGGAGUGUGUUUUGUCCCGGAGUUACAAUUAUACUAAGUAAAAAGUGUCUGUUUACAUUUUACGUCGGCCAAACUCGGUAUUUUUAGUUAUUGAUUUGGCACAUUAGGUCCGUCCAAACGAUGCAACUCCGAGCUACGACCGAGCAGCGAAGCCACAGAGCGGAAUGUUAAAUUCCGUGUCAUUCCUGAUAAACUUCCUUCAAGUUCCAGAAUGCCUGGCUCCCCGAGUCUCUCUCUCUCUCUCUCUCUCUUUCUCUAUUAAUUCCCUGAUAGAAAUGAACCUUUUUAAAUCUUCGUCUGACCGACUUAAUGCAACUGGGAGGAAAGCUAAAUAACCGGUAACUUGCGCGUUUACUGCUGGCAACGUACUCGCCAGCCAUUCGUUAUUUUAUGCCGUUUUAUAAGGUCCUCGAGGUUGUGUGCAAGUCCUGAGUGUGUUUCGGGGCAGUGAAACGGGAGGAUGCGGUGUCGCUGACGGCUUGCGCUGGCAGAUGGCGCUUUAGUCCCGCUGGUCUCCAACGCGUUGCCUCUCGCUGACGUGCUGGCCAAAGGCUGAUCACACCAAGUGGAGGCCCUCUAUGGUAAUGACUGAGGUUGGGAGGGAUUUUUUUCCCCUUAAACGAUCGAUGUAGAUCGAGAGACGAGCAAGAAAAAAACAUGAAUGAACCAGGGCUGAUCAAUUGUCACACAGACGGGACAGCUCAGAGCCGGAGAAUGAAGACGGGCAGAGACCUGGUGAACGCGGUUUGAACGGAUGAUGACCAAAUGCCUGCGUGGAAAACAUAAGGAUUUUUGUUUAAAGAUACCGAUUGGUUUCCUUGCCAUAUAUUGUUCAUUCGCGUGAACCAUGAAGGUGCGAUGUUUCUUUAUUUUCUUCUACUUCGUCACUGGCACGGGCCGAUCGCAAGAAGCACUAAAAACCAUCAACAUGGCCAUCGUGUUGCCCCACAAUAACACCUUCUAUCCCUGGGCUUGGCCGAGGGUAGGUCCUGCCAUCCAACUGGCCGUCGAGAGGAUUAAUCAGGACAAGGAGCUGCUGAAAGAUUACGAGCUCACCUACAAGUUCAAGAGCAGCGAAGCGGACGGCUCGUGUUCCAAUAACCUCGCCCCCUUCAACGCCGUGGAGUUUAAGAUGAAGGGCGACCCCGAUGUGUUUGUGGGUCCGGGCUGCACGUACGCCGCGGCCGCGGUGGCCAGGUUCGCCAGCCACUGGAAUCUACCCCUGGUCACCAGCGGAGCGUUGGCUUUCGGCUUUGACAACAAGACGGGAGAAUACAACACCACCAUCCGGACCGGCCCGAGCCACACCAAACUUGGGGAAUUUGCCAAACACAUCCACGAGACUUUCAACUGGACCUCCAGGGCGGCCUUGGUUUACUGGGACUUAAGAUUGGAUGACCGUCCCUUUUACUUCAUGGGGGAAGGGAUUUAUACCUCUCUGGAGUCAGAAUUUCCAAACAUGACGAUGAAACACGAAAAUCUUAUGGAUGAAGAACUGGAGCUGUCAGAUAUCGUAGAAAUUGUACAAUUCAUUAAAGACAGUGCCCGGAUUGUCUAUAUAUGUCUUCCUUUGGAAAAGUUUCGGCAGAUUUUGUUGUACGCACAGAAGGAAGGGCUGACGGAAGGCGACUAUGUGUUUUUCUAUGUGGAUCUCUUCGGCGAGAGUCUCAGAGUGAAGUCAAGCGGACAGUCCACCGAACACUGGGAAAUGAACCACGACAGCGAACCCCUCCUGAGGGAGGUUUUCAAAUCGGUGAUGAUCAUUACCUACCGGCAUCCCGAAGACCCGGAGUAUUCUGAUUUUCAAGAAGAUUUACGGGAAAAAGCAAAAAAUGUGCCGAGUAUUGAUUUUGACAACGCUCUGGUAAAUUUUAUUGCUGGUUGUUUUUAUGAUGGAAUUUUGCUGUAUGCUAAGGCUCUGAAUGAGACACUAGCAGGAGGAGGAUCCAAAAAGGAUGGAUUGUCAAUCACCAGGAAGAUGCUGGAUCAGCAGUUCCAAGGUGCUACUGGAUUGGUGACCAUUGACAAAAAUGGUGAUAGAGUCAUCGACUUUAGUCUCUGGAAUAUGGUCAAUACAAAAACUGGGGAAUAUAAAAUAGUUGCACACUACCUAGGAACGAAAAAACAGAUUUACUGGAUUCCCAAUGUAGAGAUUCACUGGCCAUUGGGCUAUAUUCCAGCAGACAACCCUUCAUGUGUGUUUGAAGCUGAUGAAACAGUCUGUGAACAAGCUACUAUGUCUCUGCUCAGAAUUGUCGCACUGGGAACUGGCCUCAUUCUGGCAAUUUUUAUGAUCUUCAGUUUCCUUGCUUACCGGAAACUAAAGCUGGAGAAGGAAUUGGCCAGUAUGCUGUGGCGAAUCCGUUGGGAAGAAUUACAGAUGGGGAACACUGAUAAAUACCGGAAAAGUGCUGGCAGCAGGCUUACAUUAUCCCUGAGAGGCUCAAGUUAUUGCUCGUUAGUGACAACUCAAGGGAAAUACCAGCUUUUUGCAAGGACUUGCUACUUUAAGGGUAAUUUAGUUGCAAUAAAACAUGUGAAUAAGAAAAGAAUUGAGCUCACCAGGCAAGUGCUAUUUGAACUAAAACAUAUGCGGGAUGUGCAGUUUAAUCAUUUGACAAGGUUUAUUGGUGCCUGCAUUGAUACUCCAAAUAUUUGCAUUGUAACAGAAUACUGCCCUCGAGGAAGUCUUCAGGAUAUACUUGAAAAUGAAAAUAUUAAUCUUGACUGGGUGUUCCGAUAUUCACUAAUUAAUGACAUUGUGAAGGGAAUGGCAUUUUUACAUAACAGCAUAAUUGGGUCACAUGGAAAUCUUAAGUCAUCCAAUUGUGUUGUUGAUAGUCGUUUUGUGCUAAAAAUCACAGAUUAUGGUUUGGCGAGUUUCCGUUCGUCGUGUAAUAAUGAAGAUUCAUAUGCAUCCUAUGCAAAGAAACUUUGGACGGCACCAGAAUUAAUCAGAUGGGGAAGAGCACCACCUCAAGGUACCCAGAAAGGAGACGUAUACAGCUUUGGUAUUAUACUUCAAGAAAUUGCCUUAAGAAAUGGUCCAUUUUACAUAGAAGGAAUGGAUCUCAGUCCAAAAGAAAUUGUGCAGAAGGUCAAAAAUGGUCAGAAGCCGUAUUUUAGGCCGACAGUUGACAUCAAUUAUCACAGUGAAGAAUUGGGCAACUUCAUGGAGAGGUGCUGGGCUGAAGAUGCUGCUGAAAGGCCUGAUUUUAACCAAAUUAAGGUUCUCAUUAGAAGAUUCAAUAAUGAGGGCAGGAGCAGUAUCCUGGACAAUUUGCUGUCAAGAAUGGAACAGUAUGCCAAUAACCUGGAGAAACUUGUAGAAGAAAGAACACAAGCCUACCUUGAGGAAAAGAGAAAAGCAGAAAAUCUGCUCUAUCAAAUAUUACCUCACUCCGUGGCAGAACAGCUGAAGUGGGGUGAAACUGUCCAGGCAGAGGCAUUUGACAGUGUCACAAUUUAUUUCAGCGAUAUUGUUGGAUUCACUUCAAUGUCUGCAGAAAGUACACCGCUGCAGGUUGUGACCUUACUGAAUGAUCUUUAUACCUGUUUUGAUGCUAUUAUUGACAACUUUGAUGUCUAUAAGGUGGAAACAAUUGGAGAUGCCUAUAUGGUUGUGUCUGGGCUCCCAGUACGGAAUGGGAAACUCCAUGCACGAGAGAUUGCUAGAAUGUCCUUAGCAUUACUGGAUGCCGUGAGAUCAUUUAAAAUACGACACAAGCCCAAAGACCAGCUAAAGCUAAGAAUAGGAAUGCACACAGGUCCAGUGUGUGCUGGGGUUGUCGGGUUAAAAAUGCCACGUUAUUGUCUAUUUGGAGAUACGGUUAAUACAGCAUCCCGUAUGGAAUCUACUGGAGAGGCAUUGAAAAUCCAUGUAUCCUCAAUGACCAAGAAUGUUUUGGAUGAAUUCAGAAGUUUUAAACUGGAACUCCGCGGAGACGUUGAAAUGAAGGGCAAAGGCAAAUUGAGGACAUACUGGCUGCUUGGCGAACAGAAAGAAUUUUCUGAUAUCUAAUAUGAUGUUUGAUGUGAAAUUGCUUGUACACUAUUAUACUGCAGAACAGUGAUUGUUCAAGCUGUAGUUUAUUUGUUACAUAAACAAAUUUUGGCUAUGUUAAUUUCUGGAGAACAGAUCUUAGAAGAUAUCUGUAGCCUAGAAUUAUCCCGGGUAUAUUUCAUACCUGAACAAAGCUGCAAAAUAAGUAAUUUUUAUUAAGAUCAUUUUUCUUCUUAGCUGAAUACUUUUCAACAAUAAACCCUUAUUUUUUGUGCUUUCUAUAUUAAGAUUUAUAUGAUGUGUUUGAGAAGAAAUUUAAAUAUAAAGUGUAGAAAUUUGUCUUCGCUCUUGAGAGCUAAAUGGGUGUGAGAGUUCUGACUGCUUGUUGUACCUCCUUCCUGACAUAAUGGUCCUGGAGACUGUGAUGGAACAAAAUGCGAGGAUGGGAUGAUUCCUGCUGUCUGAUUUUUUUUCUCUCACACCCAUUUAACACUGGUAACCGAAGGCAAAUUUCUACCCUAAUAUUUUCCCCAUAUAAGCUGUACAUACUGUGUAUCUAAGAUAUUGCUAAAUAUUUUGUUCAAAUAAACCAGAUAAAAUCAG